AACCUCACAAAAGUCUUCUUUGCAGCCACUGAUCUGUCUCUUCCAGGUGAUUUGAGCUUAGUGUUGUUUCUUGUUCGGUUAAGCAAUCCGUAAAGAUGCAGAACGAAGAGGGUCAAAACAUGGAUCUUUAUAUCCCCAGGAAAUGUUCUGCCACUACAAGGCUUAUCACCUCCAAGGAUCAUGCCUCUGUACAGAUGAACAUUGGACACUUGGAUGAGCUUGGGAGAUACACUGGCUCAUACUCCACUUUUGCUCUUUGUGGCUUUGUCCGGGCCCAGCUGCUGAUUGAUUUGACUCAGCAGGGUGAUGCUGACAGUGCCGUCGACAGGCUCUGGCAGAAGAAGAAAGUUGAAGUCGACAGCAGUAAUAGGCUGUCUAUGAACUUGGGAGGGAAAUGUGUUAGUUUGAACUAUUAUGUAGUAGUUUGUUUUGGUGGAUUAUGUUGAAGUUGAUUUCGUUGAAACAGAUGUGUUCUCCACAUAUUUGUUUUCUCUUGGUUAUCAGAGUUUAAAUUUUGUUAAA